AUUUAAUAGUUUGAAGGGAAAAUUCCCACUAGUUGAAAUUUUCUCUUGGGAUCCCUAUUCCCAGUGUCUGAAAUGCAUUUUGGGAAAUGCUAUUAUCUUAAUAGAGGUUCUAGUACUUGUAAAGACCUUUCAAAUGUUACAAGUUCUCUUGUUUGUUUUUGUGACCCUUUAUCCUUUUUUAGAAUAUGAAACAGAUAUGAAAGGGAGGAUGGAGAAAAGUUCAAUUCAUGUACAGUCACCUGGAUCAUAAAUGACUAUCCAAUUAGUGGAUUAUGUAAAGUGUUUUGCAAACCAUAAAGCUCUAUAUUAAUGCUAACUAUGUAUAUGUACCUUGGAUGAUCAAAAAUUGUAUCAGAAACACAUAGAUUCAAAUUCUGCCUCUGAUGCGUACUAGCUGUGUGACUUCCUGGCAAACCACUUAAUCUUUCAGUGUCCCUAGGCAGCUCUUUAAGGCUGAUCUUGCAUUGGAAGAGGGAGUUUUUACAUUGAGUUAUCCAUACUUAUUAAAUCACAGGUUGGAAAAUUAAUUCCCCCCCCUUUCCCCACAAAACAAAACAAUCCAAUCCACCCGACUCUUGAUGCCAAUAUAAUGGAUCCUUGGAUUAAUCAGUUUGGUUAGUGGAUUAGGGGAUGUAUAUUAUGAGAAGAUCAGUUCUUAGAGACUGCAAGGAAUUGCAGUUUAAGGCUUUCCCCCCCUCAUCUUUGAUGCUUCUGUUUCCUUUUCUACAACUCCUCAUGUGUAGGAAGUGCUUCUAGACAUGGAUCAAAAGGAAAAAAAGCUGUGAUGUUGCUUCUUUUCUUCUCUCAUGCGUUACACCUUACCUUGAAUGAAUUGGCCUGAUCCAGGCACCUUGAGCGGCCUCCCAGAAUCCGUACACCCUACUGAGCCAUACAGCUCUUAACCUGGAAGGGACACGUGUAUGUUGGGACUUUCUUCAAAGAAACUCUUUGAAGUGCAAACAUUUCCUUUCCUGAAAAGAAGGGAAAUUGAAAAUAAAACUUCUUGUUCCGUAGAGACAAUGUGCUCUUGGAUCAAAGGCACUUAUAAAUGGACAGUCAGGAUUUCAGCCUUGAAAUAGGUGCGACUGACCCAAAAUCCACAGAUCUGGAGGAGCUCAUUGGGAUCUCGGAGUCUCUGAUUUGAACAGUACCAUGGGGUGCAAAGUGUUCCUCAAUUUUGGACAACAGCUGCUGCGGCGAAAAGUUGUUGACUGCAACCGAGAGGAGAGUCGACUGUCCCGCUGCUUGAAUACUUUUGAUUUAGUAGCUCUCGGUGUAGGAAGCACACUUGGAGCAGGUGUCUAUGUACUGGCUGGAGCUGUGGCCCGGAAAAACGCCGGCCCUGCCAUCGUCAUCUCUUUCCUAAUUGCUGCCUUGGCCUCCGUGUUAGCAGGACUGUGUUAUGGAGAGUUUGGUGCUAGGGUUCCCAAGACUGGUUCCGCCUACCUCUACAGCUAUGUCACUGUGGGUGAGCUCUGGGCUUUCAUCACCGGCUGGAACUUAAUUCUCUCCUACAUCAUUGGUACCUCGAGUGUAGCAAGAGCGUGGAGCGCCACAUUUGAUGAACUAAUAGGCAAACCCAUUGGAGAGUUCUCCCAAACGCAUAUGUCUCUGGAUACUCCUGGGCUCGCUCAAUACCCAGACAUAUUUUCUGUAAUUAUCAUUCUAAUUCUAACAGCGCUUUUAACUUUCGGCGUGAAAGAAUCAGCCAUGGUUAACAAAGUUUUCACUUGUAUCAAUGUUCUCGUCCUGGGCUUUGUAAUGGUGUCAGGCUUUGUAAAGGGAUCCAUCAAUAACUGGCAGCUAAAAGAGGAUAUACCUGACAAUAUCUGUUUGAACAAUGAAUCAUUUAGUAACAGCACCAUUGGUGCUGGUGGGUUUAUGCCCUUUGGAUUCAGUGGUGUCCUAUCGGGGGCAGCCACUUGCUUUUAUGCCUUUGUGGGAUUUGACUGCAUUGCAACCACAGGUGAAGAAGUAAAAAAUCCCCAGAAAGCUAUCCCUGUGGGAAUUGUUGCAUCCCUCUUGAUCUGCUUUGUGGCCUACUUUGGGGUAUCUGCUGCUCUUACACUCAUGACGCCUUACUUCUGCCUGGAUGUAAAUAGUCCAUUGCCUGAUGCAUUUAAGCAUGUAGGCUGGGAAGGGGCAAAGUAUGCUGUAUCUGUCGGCUCCCUCUGUGCUCUUUCUACCAGUCUUCUAGGUUCUAUGUUUCCAAUGCCUCGAGUCAUUUAUGCAAUGGCUGAAGAUGGACUCCUGUUUAAAUUUUUAGCCAAAGUCAGUGAAAGGACCAAAACUCCAAUGAUAGCAACAAUAACUUCUGGUGCCAUUGCUGCUGUGAUGGCCUUUCUUUUUGACCUGAAAGACUUGGUUGACUUAAUGUCCAUUGGAACCCUCCUGGCAUAUUCUUUGGUGGCAGCUUGCGUGUUGGUCUUACGGUACCAACCAGAGCAGCCUAACUUGGUAUACCAGAUGGCCAGAACAACAGACGAGCAGCUUGAUCUUGUGGAUCAAAAUGAAAUAGUGAGCACCAGUGAUUCUCAAACAGGCUUUUUGCCAGAAAUGGAGAAAUGUUCUCUAAGAGCCAUAUUAUGUCCGAAGAACAAAGAACCUUCCAAACUCUCAGGGUUUAUUGUGAAUGUCUCAACCAGCCUCAUAGGGAUUCAUAUUAUCAUCUUCUGCAUUGUCACUGUCCUUGCUAAAAAGGAACUUGAACAGGGCACCCCUUGGGUGAUCGCUGUCCUCUUAGGGUCAGUCUUCCUCUGCUUUGUCAUCACCAUCCUGAUUUGGAGACAGCCUGAGAGCAAGACCAAACUCUCAUUUAAGGUGCCCUUCUUGCCAUUACUUCCGAUUCUGAGUAUUUUUGUGAAUGUCUAUCUUAUGAUGCAGCUGGAUGGUGGUACCUGGGUCCGCUUUGCGGUAUGGAUGCUAAUAGGUUUCUUCAUUUAUUUUGGUUAUGGCCUGUGGCACAGUGAAGAGGCGUCCUUGGCGGCCGGUACAGCGAGAACCCCAGACAACAGCUCAGAUCACUGCAAAUGAUCCCCGUAGCCCUGCACUGUGGUGAGGACAGCCGCCCCUUCAGAGAAAAACAGCUUUUGCCUCCAUGACUCAGAACUGCUUGAACUCUUUCCUUUAGUGAAACAAGAAACAACAUCCAAGUGUGCCACCCCCACCCCCUCUAGCCCCCUCUUCCUUAGUGCCCCAAGGAGUCCCAGAGGCCCAGUUAUGGCCUGGGCCAGUUAGGUGGAUGCUCUUCUGUUUCCUUCUCUCCCUUCUCCUUCCUUCAUGCCAAAAGAAAGCCUCUCCUCCUCUGCUCCGCAGCCGGCCACCACGCCUGGGGGCAGAUUCCAGGCCCUUCUCUGACUUCUCCUCAGAGCCCAGCCCCGAAUUGGAAAGUGCUUGAGACGUUGGCGCUGCGCUGCUUCCCAAGAAGGGGUUUUACCCCCCAGACAUGGGUCAGUCCUGCCCAGCUAAACCAUAGCCAUAGAUUUAGGAAGUGUGAUUGCUUUUCGUGACCCACUUCCCCUUGCUCUCCUCCCUGUUUCUUCAAGAACGUUCUGAGCCCUCCUGUCCAGGCCCCUUUCGUGCCCAUUUGUGCUUCUGUCCCUGGUGGGGGCCACAGCAGUCACCACUCACCCUGUGUGCCAGGAGUGGCCGAGGCCGUGAGGUGUGCCCCAAAGGGAAGGUGAUCACUGGACCGGCUUCUCCCUGCCUGGGGCUCCUGCACGGGUGCUCCUGGGGGAGGCUCACUCACUGCCCCUCACUCACGCUGCCAGCUCCAAAAUAAUGCAGCUCACCUUUCGGGGCAGGGCUUGGGGAGAGGAUACUCACCCAAAUUUCUCUUCAAUAUUUUGUUGUAAGAACCCACUGGUUGUAUUGAUUUUAAGCGUAUUAAGACUGAUUUAAGGAAAUUUGACAACUUCCAUUUAUACUUUUAUCCUAUUUAUUAGAAUUAAAUGCUCUGAGACUUAGCUGAAGGUGAGGCUCCAGCAUGGCUGUGCUCACACUGACUCACCCUUUGGGACCCCCAUUUUUAUUUACUUGACCUUCAGUCUAUAAUGAAUUUUUUUAACCCUUAAGGCGGAGGAGCGGCUGGGAUCGGGCCAUCGGGGCCAAGUGCCUCUCCCAGGACCACACAGAUGGCCCGUGUCUGAGGCAGAUUUCUAGGAUGAAUCAUUAACUGCUGCGGUACCCUGUAGAGAUGGCUGUCCCGGGCAGAACCCCUCUUGGGAGAUGGCCCCAGAGUUGGAAGUUACACACCUUUCUGUGGUGUGUCGGUUAAGGCCUAACUUAGCCCCGAGGCCUCGGGCUCACGGGAGUCCCUGGAUGUGCGGAUUCGGUCUGCUUUCUCUUAUGGGUGGGCGCUGUGGCUCAGCUCUCCCUGCUUAGUGAGGACCUUAGACUGGAUUCACCUUCCUCAGAGGAUACCCCCCCUCCUGUGGCCCUCGCCUCGGGCUCCUUCUGCACUCUUGGCGGCAGAUAGUCUCCCCCUUGAUGGCGGGGGUUCAGGCAGGUGCGCAGGCAGCACCUUCAGUAUCACUGGGAGGCCAGGGACCUUAAAGAGGCAAAAUCAAGUUAGCCUUUGUGUUACUGGCACAGCUGGGCAACAUGGAAAGUAAAAAAAACCCUCAUUUCCGACUAUCUGACAGAAUCUCCUUUUCUUAGUUUGGUAAUUUCAUGGAUUACAGGCAAGUCCUAGAGGAGGGAUUUCCUCAGCAUUUUUUCUGAAACUUGGUCAUUUGCCCCAAGCGCCAGGAUGAGUGACUUGCCCAGGAUUAGUCAACCAGUAUGUGUCAGAGAGAGGACUUGAAUCCUGUUCUCCCUGGCUCUGGGCUGCGAGGUGCCCCAGUGGAUAGAAGGCUGGACCUGGAUUCAGGAAGUCACUUUCCUGAGUUCAAAUCUGCCUCAGACACUCACUAGCUUUCUGACCUGGGCAAGUCACUUCACUGUUGCCUCAGUUUUCUUAUCUAUAAAUUAAGGUGAAGAAGGAAAUGGCAAACCACUCCAGUAUCUUUGCCAAGAAAACCCUGAAGCCAAUCAUAAAGAGUUGGACAUGACUGAAAAAUAACUGAACAACAAUAGCUUCCUGGCUUUGAGGUUAUACUUUAAUUUAUCAAGUUUUUCCUCCUUUCCUUCUUCCAUUUCCCUUUAGGAGCCAUUUUACAAGGCUAGAUGGCCAGAAAAAAACAGCAAGGGACCUUAAAUUAUGGAGACUUGGUCUCCAUCCUUUGGUCUUUGGUGUAUAUAAAUAUGGAAGCUGACAAACCCCUAUGGUGGUUGUCUUGCCUAGCUAAUGGAUCUGCCCCCAAAUUCCACAAAAUGAAAUAAAUGGAGACUUCCCUUUUGCCAUUACAUUGUUCCUAUUGAGAUAAAUAUUUGUGAAUGUUUCUUGAGCAUAUUUUAGAUUUCCAAAGAAAAAAAUUAAUUUUAUGUAGAUCUGGUGCUAUGAAAUAAUUUUGAUAAAUGUUAACUUUUUUGUUGGAUAUUUAAUAUCUGCUGUCUCUUUAGAACUGAUCAAAGGUUUCAUUUACUCAUAAUGUGUUGGUGACAGACAAAAUGGAAGCAGUAAGAAGAAAUGGUUUUCAAUGGAAAAUUUGACUUCCAUUUCUCUUUUGGCAGACAUUUUACUGCAGGUUCAGCUCUUGUCAACUGUAUUUAGAGUUGACAAUCCAUUUCUCUCUCCUGUCCCCACGUUUCAAAAAGUGAGAAAGCAUAUUUUAUGUUCCCCCAAAUCUUCUUGGAGAAUAAGUUCUCUGGAUUACUUGUUCUUUCCUUCCCUGUGCCUUAAUGCCUUAGACAGAAAUAUGCAGUGGCUCAGAGAGAAAGAAAGGACCCUCAUUACACCGAUUUCCCCUUUCCCCCCUGAAGACUUACCUUGUAAAUAAACUGGUCAUUGUACAUUUUUUAGGGAAUAUUUUGUAUAGCUCGCUGCUUGAGCUUUUCAGUGUAUGAUAAAGGAAUGAGGAACCUUUUUAAAAAGUGUACCUUGGAUUGUCCAGAAAUAGGUCUCCUUUAUUCAGUUUUCCAUCCUCUAAAUAUUUCUCUUUGGUGAAGGGACUAUGAAAACAAUGAUUUAAAAUAUCUUGAAUUUCUUUCCACAGGAAUUGUAGUACUCUAUUCAUUGCGUAGUCAUUCUUUUCCUCCCUAAUUUAGCCUUUUACUCUAGUUGCCAGCUUCCUUGGGGAACAAUAUGUAUAUUUUCAUCAGUGUGUGUAGCCAAUAAUUGUGUUCCAGUCCCUAUUGAAUACUUUGGAAACCUCCAUCUAGAGUGGUAAGAAAUGUUUCUUUUCCUGAUCCCCACCCUGACCCACUCCUAUUCAUGCUUUGCUGAAGACCUAAAAUCAUUCAUUUAAAGAACAACAAAUAGAUUCCCCUCCCUGACAGUGGCAGAAAAGCAGCCCAGGCUGACACUUGGCAGUUCAUGAAGAAUGGAGAGUCUGUGCCCCUUGAAGACAGGGAAUGUUUCGUUAUUUUCUGUGCAUCCCCCGAGGACUAGCAUAGAACCUGGCGCUUAGCUGGUGUUGGGCAAAUGUUGAUUGAACAUUACAAAAUGAUCUUAGCAUUCCUGGUGUCUGAUGAUACUUUGAAGCAAAGCAGAGUAAAAGAAUUGGUUUUAUCGCUGAGCACAAGUAGACUCAUCCUGACAAAUGGGGCCUCGUGGUCUUGGGAUUUGAUGCCAAAACCAGAGCUUAGAGUUGUAGGCAUUGCUAGAUGUGUGCAAGACUCACUGGAAGAUAAUCUGGUAAUUCACCCCAUGGAAGGCCUAGUUUUCUUCACUUCAAACAUUUGUGGGAGGGGCAUCGAAGCAUCGUUAUUCACAAUCUAUAAAAGACAGGCACCACCCUCUCAACUGACAGAUAUUAUGGAGCCCAAGGAUGUGAGCCACUGUGAGAUACUUUUUUUUUUGUUUUUUUAGGGCAAGUGGGAGGAGUUGUAGUUAGUAUUUAUGGGCAAGAGGAACUAUGUGCCCUUCAGUCUCACUUAAGCUCCUAUGAAGAUGAAAUGAGUUGUAUAGGUUGUGUAUAUUAUUGGUGUAUGUAAGUGAUGUAGAAAAUUGCAACUUAAAAUGGAAUAUAAGUAUAUAUUAUAAAUAAAAUUGUUCAUUUGCUGCAGGAAAAGGGGAAUUUGGUAGAAGGCACUUGAUGGGGAAAAGGAAUCGUGCAUUUUACCUGAGUUGUUGCUGGAUUUUUUGUUUUUAAUUUUUUCUUUAAUGCUUUAUUGAUCCAAUGGUGCAAGAAACCACCUCUGUAUCUCAGCACUACAGACAUGAUGCCUAUUGGACUUUUAAGGCAAAAAAAAAAGUCAACUGAGUUGUCACUAUAAUUCAAGGAUCUUCAGGGAAGAGAUGGUUCAUUACUUACUUGUGAGUGGCAAUCACAUCAGACAAAAAAGCUAGAAGGUAUUUAUCAUCAAAGUUUUCCUGCCAUGGCUUCGGAUAUCUAAAUGAUGCUACCUCCCUUGUUUCCCAGGAACCGGAAUCCUCCAUCUUUGAUUUGCUUUCUGUGGAACUGGUAGUUUCAAAACUAGCCAGUCUGGGAAAAACCAACAUGAUAAAAGGCCAGUUAAAAAUUCCAAACAAAAUUUCCUCAGGGUAUUAGCACUUGGCUUAGCCACCUGGAAGCAGGGCAAGUGUAAGAAACAUUCGGACUUCUGUCUGGAUUUGUUUCCUUGAUGAUAGAGAGUUUUAAGUUGAGACUUAUUUUUUCCGGAUGAGAAAUUAAAAAUCUGGACUUAAGAGUUACAAAGUUUUCUGCCUAAGUUGUGCCUUUUAUAGCUUGAAGACUUUUAAGGAGCACAAAGGAUGACAAUAGUGAGGAUUGGUUUAUUAUCAAACCAAAAGUAAACAUACCUGGCUUCAUCAGGAGUGGAGCCAUCAAAGAGUUUGUUUUAAUUAUGUAAAAUGUAUAUAUAUUUUUUUUGCUGUUCAAUGUCCUAUUUUUCUAAUAAUUUCUUAUAAUUGUGACAAUACAUUAAUUCUAAUGCUAAAUGCAAAUCAAGUCGGUCUCGGUUUGCUCUUUAGUUUGUCUAGUCGAUUUUUUAAAAGCUCAAUGUGUCUCAUCACUUAAAAAUAAAAAUGUGAAAACUGGCCCUUCUGGAGCUGGUGUCAACCUUUCACAGUGACAACCCUUUGCAUAGAAUGAAUACUCUUCUUACCUGUUAUCCUCCCUUGCUUUGUAAAAUCCAAUUCUUGUGGCACAGCUUUAAUGCUAAUAAAUGCUAAUAAAUGA